CGUUCAGCUCUUUUAAUCCAACCAAUCUCAACCACUCUCUCUCUCUCUCUCCCUGGAUGCCUUUCUUGGUUUGCUUCAGCAAUGAAAAUUCUACUCUCGAUUUCUCACCUUCUUAAAACCAUGCCAAUUGUGUGCCCAUUUUGAUCUCCUUUGUUCAGUAGCUUCUCUCAAUACUGAUGUCUCCUGUGCUAUCAUGAUCCAGCGAAGGGAGCGUUCUAUUUGUGGCGAGUCUUCUAUAGAGUCCUUCUUCUUUUCUCUGUUUCCUUUUCACAGUAGGAAGAUGGGCUGUUAGCCCUUUCACCUUGUUUUCUUCCCUCUGUUUGUGGCUGUAUUCUCAUUCUCUACCCAAUUUUUUUUCGGUUUUUGUUGUUUUUUCGGGAGUUGGUCUCCUUGGUACCGGACAGAACGAUCCAGAAGUUAUUAAAAUCUUACGUCUAGCAUAGCCAUCUUCGAUUUCUCGGUCAUUUCAUUUUGUUUUUGGAUGGUGAAUGGUAGACUUCGGCGACCAUUAAUAUCUCACGUCUGUCAUCCUUAGUCCUUUCCUUCUGUGUUUUUGGGUGGUUGGUUAGUCGGGACUAUGGGUAGAGGAAGAGGAAAAGGGAAGAAACUAACUACUGUGAGCAGUCAUGAAGAUCCAGGGAGUGGCGGAGAAGAUUCAAUCCCUGCUUAUAAGAGGAGGGGGAGACCACAGAAGCCACUGAAGGAUGAAAUUGAAGAAGACGAAGUUGAGAAGGUCGAGGAUGAGGAGCCUGAGACGCUGGGUAAGAGCAAAGAGACGAAGGUGCCGUCAGUUACAGAGAGUGGGAAGAAGAGGAAGAAAUUCCCUCAGAUCAAAGAUAACGGGGAUCCGAAUACUGAGGAAAACGGCGACGCAAGAUCGGGCAAGGACGACGUCGUGAAGCCAAAUGGUUUUCGUCUUAACGGGAGCAGGCGGAAGAGCAAGCCACGCCGUGCAGCUGAGGCCGUUGUUGAGUGCAACUGAUGGUUGGUGGUGCUCUUAUACGGAUUGACUGCUCCUUUUGCUCCACCUAAUUUUUGCUUGAGUCCGCUGUUUCCUAGUCUCGUAUUACAUUUUCGUUUUGUUUUCAUAUUUCCUUUCUUUUGUUUGAUUUCUAUUUUUGCUGGCUUUAGAGGCUUCAUCUUGAAUUUGCAGAGAAUGUACUGUUUUGAUUUUUUAUGAAGUCAGAAAUGAAUCCUUGUUUUUGUCCCAAUAUAUAUUUGAUGCGAGAUAUAAACCAUAAUUCUUUUUC